AUGAAGCUCGCACCCGCCGCCCUCGCAUCCGCCGCCGCCGUUGCCGCUUCCCCCGCUGCGAAGCGUGCCGUGGGAGGUGUCCUGCUCUGCACCGGCCCCAACUCCACCGGGCUGUGCGAGCACCAGGUCUACGCGCUCGACCGGUGCCAGCAGCUCCCGCCGCCCUUUCGCCGCAACACCAGCACGUUCGCCGUCGACGGCGAGGACUUCUUCUGCUUCCCGCGCGUGUACGACUGCGGGCAAAUCUGCACCAGCCCGACGGGCUGCACCUUUGGCCAGGUCGACUUUGGCUACGAGCACAAGUACGACCUGGGGGCUAUCGGCUGGAACACGCUGAUCCAGAGCUUCGACUGCUCCCUGAAGAGGAGCAGCUAG